AUGUGCAAGAGAGCAUUCCUUGCAAAUCAUGAGAACCUGAACAAAGGUUCUGAUGAUCGGUUGCAUGACAUCCUGUGCAAGCUGGAUUACCGCCCUCACUGCUCUCGCAGGAGAAACAAUGGCGUGGCUGACCAUGUGCAUCCAGGUGGGCUGUUAGGCCCGAAACAAAGCAAGAAGCCAGUUCUCUCUGAAAGUCCUUCGAACCAGUCGUCAGGCAAAGCAGCCAAGUCGUCGCGACCGCAUCAGACCGCGACACCUGAGUCAAAGCCGCGCCGCCGACCGAAGGCCGCCGACAAAAAGCCCUCCUCCAAGACAGCACUUGUCGCAACUGACGCGGGGUUUGCGCGUUUUCUGCGAGAACAUUCGUCUCCACGGCACCAGCGAGUCACUGCCGGGGGCAGAAUUGUUCCAAUGCAGCCCAACAGCAUCCCGCCUCUUGAUCGCAGUCUGCCUGAGAACUGGCAGGGCCAACCCUCAACGGCCACGGAGAGCGCUGACGAACAUUUCCAGUCUGCGGGUGUAACUGAACAUGGAAUUCAUCUGGAAUACUUGGGACCGUAUGCACCUGAGUUCGUGCCAAUGCAGACACAGAUACUUCCCCCUCCCACUCUGAGCACCACCACGCCAGUGCAGUCUCCAAUCAUUGUUACCUCACAGACACAAAGCCUGUCGCAAUCUGCUUUGACACCCUCAGAGAUGCUUGGCGUGAACCCCAUCCCUUUUCGAACAAUGUCACAGGUUGCCGCACAAACAAAUGGUGCCGCAUACAUGGCUCCUCUCCCUGAAGUUGGUGGCGACCCUUGGACUGAUUGGCCUCAAGUACCUGGUCAAGGACUAAGUGCUCAAAACCAUUCAUGGGACAAUUGGGCACCAAUGACAGCCAAUGCGACCAGCUUCACCACACCCCAGCAGGCGGGAACGGCAGCAAGCUAUGUCAACCCCAACCUGCUUCAGGCCACGAUGUUUACCGACACCACUCAACUGGCACAGCAGCAUGGAGUGGCGCUUCAGCCGACCUGGCAAGACAAUCAACACAGGCUGAUAUUGCAGUGCGUGCGGCACUAUACACCGGAUCUGAUUCACACAAUGAGUCGGUAUGCCUUUCGGGGCUUCAAUCGAGCCCAUGUCACCGUAGCUUCCAUGGAUCGGCAGCAGGCGAUAGACCCAGGUGCAGGAAGGGAUUGGAAUUUCACCGCACUUCGAUUGCAGCAUGUCCGAGACCGAGGACAGUUCGAUGAGAUGGCCACAUGGUUGCAGUUUGAGCCUGAACCGCUCGAGAUUAUUGGCAAUGAGCAGGAAUCAACCGCCGGGCCAUCCUCUGAAAUCUUGUCUGGCACCACUGGGGUUCAGCCUGGUUCUGCGCUUGGCACCACCGGAGUCUUUUCUGGGGCUUAUGGGAAUCAAAAUAUUGCUGUCCCUGUUGGCACAGAGCUGCAGUCUCAGGAACAAAUGAAUUCCAUGGAGCUAGGUAGCAGACCAUGGUUGGUAACAUCUCACGGCUCUGCGGAUGAUUUCCAUGUCGAGGACGAGGACGGCACGAAUGAGGAUGUUAUGAACAUGAACUUCCCCGAGGAUGAGGGAUUUGUUUCCCAGGUAGCUGAUGCACCUGUCAACUGGAGUAAUACCGUGCCUCGGAACUUUGGCAGUACUAUCCUGUCCUCUAUUCGUGAGAACGAAAACGAGGAGACGGCGAGCGAUCCGGGCGAUGUGUUGCCGACAACGACUGGCCCUGAGAGUUUUGCAGACUCGAACUAG